AAGCUGCCCGUUGUGGACAACAUGAUUGGAACACACCACCAAAAUUUUGUUCACCCCGCAGACCGUUUGUUCGGUUGAAGCAAGAGUCGUAUCCAUCAGGUCUGUGUCACUUUCUUUUCACACGGCACAAACUCUGAGCUCUCGCUGUUUCUCUCUGCAUUGCUUCUAUCUCUGACUCCAAUCCAAAGAAAACUGCCAUCCAAAAUGUUUGAAACUCUUAGCCGUGCUUUGUUUUUCUCGGACGUCCCUGAAGGAAGAAUCAAGCACAAGCCCGUGAUUCGACCUGCAGCCUGUGGAAUGGGAGAAGUCUUCACCAACCUUGGAACCGAUAUCCAUAAUGCUUUCUUUUUCGACGAUUUGAAAAGUGUUGCCAACCAGACCCAGGCAUCCAUGGAUUCCGACGACUCGGAAAAAACCCAGACACCCCCUGAAGAAGAAUUUGACAUGGACGACGAAACCUCACUCCAGCUGGAAAGCCGCGGCCAAACCAUGGGUUCCCCUGCCGUGAACCGUGUCCAGCGAUACAACGAGCGAGUGGCCGUAUCCAAGCGACAGGCCGAACUGUUGGAGAUUGCCGAGGGGCUUGACAGUCAACGAAAGCAUAUUGAAGAGAUCUUGGGUCAGGUCAAGAAUGCCGCUGAGUUGGAGCAGGUCCAACUGAAGUACAUGGAUGCUUGAUAGGCCACAAUGCUUUUGAGUUAGAUUUUUGAUUGUCGUAAUAAUAUUCUGUUGUAUCCC